GUAGAUGACCUUACAGAAAUAGUUCUUCAAGCUAUAGAUGAUGUUUCUGAAGAACUCAGGGAAAUUAGUUUAAAGAUUCACGAUCAUCCAGAAUUGGGAAAUGAAGAAAGAUUUGCUCAUGAAUUAUUAGUCAAUUAUUUGAAAAAGAAGGGAUUCAAAGUAACUCCAAGUGCUUAUGGCCUUGAAACUGCUUUUGUUGCUGAAUUUCAGUCCAAAGCUGGUAAAGGUCGUGUGGUUUCCUUUAAUUCUGAAUAUGAUGCGUUACCGAAUAUAGGACAUGCGUGUGGACAUAAUCUUAUUGCUAUAAGUGGAGUUGGUGCUGCUAUUGGUCUUAAAGCUGUACUUGAGAAAUUCGAAAUUGAAGGCACCGUGAAACUUUUUGGUACACCGGCAGAAGAAAAUGAGUGGGGUAAAAUUCAUUUAAUCGAAUCUGGUGCUUAUAAAGAUGUCGAUGUUUCUUUAAUGAUUCAUCCAAACGUGUUUAAUGGUGCAUUUGGAAGAUUCAUUGCUCUCAAUUCUGUUGGAGUUGAGUAUUUCGGAAAGCCUGCACAUGCAUCAGGCGCACCAUGGGAAGGAGUCAAUGCUCUAGAUGCUAUAGUAGCGGCUUAUAACAUUAUACCGGAAUAUACUUCUGGGAAAUUUUUUGUUCGAGGAAGAACCAUUGAAGACUUAAAAGCCCUUUGUCCACGUGUACAAAAAUGCUUUGAGGGAGCAGCUGAAGCCACAGGCGCAAAACUUAAAACUGAAUGGUUUAAAGAAAUCUAUGAUGUGAAAAUAAAUUCUCCAUUGGCAACACGUUAUGAAUUCCAUAAUUCCCAAAAAUUUGGAACAAAAUUCCCUUCAGAAGAACAACAAUCUUCUAUUUCAUUCGGUACUACCGAUCAAGGAAAUGUAACAUAUGUAGUCCCAGGAAUUCAUCCAGUCUUUAGCAUUUUUGAAUCUCCUAGUAAAGUUAGAAAUCAUACUAUUGAAUUUGCUAAACAGGCAAGAACUAAAGUUGCUCAUGAAAAAACGUUAGAGGCUACAAAGAGUAUGGCAUUAGUUGGAUUAGAUAUUUUAAUUGAUGAUAAAUUUUGUAAAGAAGUUAAGAAAAGUUUCGAAGCUUAA